AUGUAGGGUUCUAAUAAAUCAUUUUGGAAAGUGAUAUAAUAGAUAGGAGGUGGUAACUGUGGAUAUAGAGUAAAUUUUAUUACAAAUAAUAUUUUUGUUUGUCGACCCUGUAGGUCUAAUAGUCUGCAUAUGUAUAUAGAAAAUUCGAACACAGGAAAAUACUAACAGGCUAGAGACUUCAGAUAUAAGAAAUAUUAAUAUGAAUGUUAAACAUAAUUUCCAGCAAGGUAUUUUCCAUAAAGAUAUUUAUUAUUAAUAAAACAUGGCGAUACAAUAAAUUUAAUUAAAUUUAAUUUUUUUGAAUCAUUAUUAUAUUAGCAAGAUUGUAAUUGCAUAUUGGAAUAGUGUUUAGAAUUUAAUUCAAAUUAAUUUAAUGGAGGAUUAUUUGGAGGAGUUAGUGAAAAUGGAGAAUUUUUAGUCACCUGGGAUUCCAGAUCAUUAUAAAUUUUAAUUAGAUAAUUCAAAGAGAUGUGA